AUGUUCAGCUUAAAAUUCGAAAUUGUAUCCUCACGUACUGUAGAAGGUGUGGAUAAGGAAAAUAAAUUUGUAGCCUAUAUGGUGCAAGCUAGACAGUCUAGAAUUAUCGACCCAGAGCCUGCCAAUGCUGAAAGAAGAUACACCCACUUUCUAGACCUUUAUAAUGGUCUUAAGAAAGAGCGACCAACAUUACUAAAUAAUAUUUCCUUUCCGCGUAAGAUUUGUUUUGGAAAUUUUGAUCCUAGUUUAAUAUCAUCACGAUGUGCUGGCUUUGAGGUACUCCUCAAUUUAGUUGCUAGUGAGUCGCAGCUGAGGGACUCGGUGGCUGCCAUAGCUUUCUUUCAAGAUGUAGAAUUAAAUGAAGCAAGACGUCUUAUCGGUGAAGAGAAAUAUGACCAAGCUUUCUCAGUAUUGGAAACUAGCUUUAAGUUAUUAAGUAAGGUAUACACAGACAGAUCACGAGUAGUACUAAGCGCACUAUGCCGUAUAGUGGCAUGUGCUGGCUGCAGCGGUGGUGCUUUGGCUGGACCAGGUGAACGAUGGGCACAGCUUGCCCUGAGAAGAUAUGAAGCUGUUAGUGACUCUGACCUACUCCUCAUGUAUAUUCCAUUGCUUCACACUUGUAUAUCUAUAUGGGAGACAUUGGGUCGUGAUAAAUCAAAGCUAGUGGAGGAGUUAAACAGUCUCCGAAAACAAGGAAUGAAAGUGGACUCCGUACCAAGUCUAAUGGAAGCUAUUGACAAUUUAAGUACAUCAGUAUAA